GACUAGAGUUAGCCACACGGUCCCCACGCGAAGGACACGAGAGCUGUACACUGCCAACCCUUUCCGCUCUUCUUGUCCCACCGUCAGAGGCUGCAUCCAUCACUUGAAGAAACUGUCAGCGAGAUGGAAACUACAACAAUCACCACCACGCAGACGGCAUUCACCUUUGGACUUACUGAAAGACACGCCAGCCUCAGCCUGCACGCCCCGGCCCAGGACUGCGCUGUCCCCGCCGUGCACCCCGGGGACAACGCUGCCGGCUUCCAAAGCAAAACCAAGGUGCUGAAGAGACAGCGCUCCAGCUCGCCGGAGCUCCUGCGCUGCAAGCGCCGCCUGAGCUUCAACGGCCUCGGCUACUCCAUCCCUCAGCAGCAGCCCGUGGCCGUGGCCCGGCGGAACGAAAGAGAGAGGAACCGGGUCAAACAAGUCAACAUGGGUUUCCAGACGCUGCGCCAGCACGUGCCCAACGGCGCCGCCAACAAGAAGAUGAGCAAAGUGGAGACCCUGAGGUCUGCGGUGGAGUACAUCAGGGCUCUACAGCAACUUCUGGACGAGCAUGACGCCGUGUCGGCUGCUUUCCAGUGCGGGUUGCCAUCCCCGACAAUCUCCAACAGCUACUCCGCCGAGCCGGAGUCGCCUCACUCCACCUACUCGUCAGACGAAGGCAGCUAUGAGCCCCUGAGCUCCGAGGAACAGGAGCUGUUGGACUUUACAACCUGGUUCGACAGGUACUGAGGCGGACAGCAUCCGAACCACACAGCAGCGUGUGUGCGUAAAAGCGGCUGACUUCUUUUUAGAAAUGCUGACAAAAGACUUGGUGAAGGCAUGAGAACAGUCUCGCCCUCCGUGCUUGGAAGUGAUCUGUCGCCUCCCUCCCUCACCCGGG